AGGGGUGAAUGUGAAGGCGGCUUCCAGUGCACAGAGGCCCUGGGCUGCUGAUGGAGAGCUGACUGCGCGGUUCGACUGCCCCCCAAACCGGAGGAGUCCCGGGCUUAGCUCCGCCCCGCUCCAGCCUGGGUGGCUGCAAAGCCCCAGGUCCCACAGCUCCUGACCCAGUGUGCAGCAGGCGCGCGCGUGUCUCCGUGUGACUGCGGGUGUGUGUCCCUGUGUGUGAAUGAGAUGAAGUGGAGUCCUACGCCUAGUUGUUUCCUUCCGCGUGGUUUUGAUCAGCAGUCCGACAUUAGGGGAUCAUGGAAAAAAAUUUCUGGCUAAAAGGAUGAAAACUGAGUAAGUACACAGAACUUUGAACUUGAAAGGGAAUGAAAGCAGAUGCAAGCAGAACUCCGACAGUAGCUUGGUCUAUUCUGACUGCUAUUCCCUUUUUAUGUUAAAAGCCGUGAGUGCUAACAGCAAAGUGGCAAUUUAACACUGAAUGAAGGGAAGCAGUUCAAAAACAUAAAAGGCUGAAACCAGAACGUCCCUAAAACCGGAGGAAAAAUGAGAAACUGCUAGGGCGACCUGGCCUGCGCCCAGCUGUGCAACAGGCGCUCGGGUUCAACCUACUGCGUCUUCCUGCUGCCUUCAGACUCCAGGUUCUUUGGAGUUUUCUCUUUUCUGGAAAAGCCGAGACAGAGCUGAACUCCAGGGUUUAAGAAUGGAGUGGAAAUAAGACUUUACCCGAAGCAACACUUGGCAGCCGGGGAUGCACUCGGAUAAUUAGUUACGGCUGUUAUUAUUUUUGACAUCUUUUUAAAAGCCCAGAUCAGUCACUUUUUGCUGUCCUUCAUGGAAAGGUUCACAAGAACCACCUCGGACUGCUGGGACCUAUGACUCUUCGGUAGGACCCUUCGGAAAGUUCUCAAGUGGAGAUGGGGCGUGCUUGAUUCGAGUUGUGCAAAAACAAGACGGAUGAAUAUUUUUUCAUCCUGACAACACAGAGUUGUUAUGACUUUUCCAACAACGUGGCCAGUGGCCAAGUGAAGCUAAACUGGUCAUGGUCUGUCGCCCAGGGAUCCUUUGUCGUCGGCGACUUUGCCCCCGACCCUUCUUGGUGGGCUUGGUGGUGGCAAUCUGUCUGUUCUACCAAACUCUGACACUCAGAGGGACGAAGAAGCUCACAGCCCCGGUCCCUGGGUCUAAUUCACACACACCCUCUCAAACUCAAGCUAGCAGAUGCAAGGAAAGAUACCCUCUGGACAAACGGUGCUUCCUUCUCUCCAGGAGUGCCCAGAAAAUCAGGAAGAUUGAAGCAGCGAUUGAGACACACUUUGGCAGUCACAGGAGAAGGGCCAUACUGUACGGUCCCCCUUCCUCCAUCAGAGCAAAGCUUCAGCUCCUCCAGCACGUUCUUGCUCAGCAUGGCUACACUGUUGUCAUUGUGGAAGAAAGGCUCGGUGCUGGCCCAGGCUUGGAGCUGCUGGAACAAGGUAGUUUGGACUCCUGGGAUCUGCUCAUUUGCCUGCCUUCUAAGAGAGCUGCUGGAAAGCCCUGCAUACCUAGGGAGCACAUGUGCCGGUUAGGGUUGCAUCAAAAGAUAAACGUGUUACCAGAAAUACAGCCUCAGCUUUGCAGAAAAGAAGCCUUAUGUCAAAUAAUUAGAAGAUUUCCAGAAAUGGGACUUCCAGUGAGUCCUUCUGUGUGCCUGGACCAGGGACUACAAUCACCACCGAGUCACCCUUUAAAAGCAGUAAAGUCACAUGUGUGGAAACCAUGGGACUGGCAACGUGAACAGAACCAGACAACAGUCCCUGCCCCAUAUGAGGCAAUCUUCAGAGCCGAAGAACUGUCUGUGAUUCUCAAAGCGUAUGUUUUGGUGACUUCCUUAACGCCUUUGCGUGCAUUCAUUCAUUCAACUGGCACGGUGUGGCGCCCACCAAAGAAGAAACGCUUCCCCGUCAAGCUGCAGACAUUUUUUGAGACAUUCCUGAGGGCCAGUUCACCUCUGCAGGCAUUUGAUAGCAUGAAAGAGGCAAUCAGCAAGCUCCUGCUGGCCACUGAGGUGUUCAGUAAAACAUCUACUCCAGGACCAAAGACCUUCCAUAGAUGCAGACUUUGUUUUCAGCUUUUAACUUUUGAUAUUGGUUAUGGAGAUCUGGGGCAACCUGUAAUUCUCCAGGUACACGAACAUUUAAAAUUUCAAGAUAAUGAUCAUUUGGAUUUGGAGGACCAAAAUACAGAAGAAUUCCUUUUAAAGGAUACGUUUGAUUUUCUCUUCUCUAAUGCAUCUUCACUGUCUAUAUUUUCUGAGAUACUGCAGAGACUUGAUCGAUCAGGUGUAUUUGAGGAUGGAAACUAUCAAGAAGAAUUAAAUCAAUGCCUGUCUUUAGAGGAAGUUCACUCAGUUAUGACUUUCAUAAAGGAACUUGGGAGUCUGGGACAAUUCCAAAUGCUCUUCCCAUCCCUUACUCCUGGGAUUCAGUCUCUGAUGCAUGAAUUUUAUGAUAUGGCAACUCCUGGCUCAGUCCUAUCCCAAUACUCGUCUCUUUUAAAUAUAUUUGAACAAUUUUGGCUCUUGAAUAAAAAGGCACAGCUACAUCCAUUGGAAUGGAAUUCUUCAACAGGAAAUGAGACCACUGAGAACCCACAAGAGUCACUGGAAGUGAACAAAAAUAAAAAAGCUGCAGUUCCACAGAUUAUGGAUAAAAAUAAAGAUAUACAUUGCAGUUAUGAGGAAGACAUGCUAUGCCAUAUCAAGCAGAUCUUCACACGUCCACAUUUGGAACUAAAUCCUAAAUUUAAUCCGAAGAUCAAAGAUUAUUAUUGUGAAGUGCCAUUUGAUGUGGUAACAGUGAUGAUUGGGGCGGAGACUUCUAAGUGUCAGUGCGAGGUGCACCUGCAGGAGCGGACAGGGCCAAGCUUUGCCAGCUACCCUCUGGGACUAGGAAUGAACAAAAUUUCCUUGCUUGUGGUGGAUGACUCUCUAGCAGAAGGCGACACCCUAAUAACAUAUAAACUUACCAUCUAUAGAGAAGACCGCCCAAGUCUUCCCUUCUUUGAGGACUUCAUAGCAUGUGGUUUUGUACAAGAUUGUGAUUUAUUGAUUCACCCAGAGGAAUCCUGUGGACUGCAACCCAUUUCCCCUGACUACAUUGAAGCCAUUUCUCAGCCUGAACUCAAGAGUUGUCCAUCUGGAUACACAAAAGGCCAGUGGAUUGUGCCUUGCCUUAGUUGUUCGGACAACAGGACCUGUGACUGGAGAGAAAUAACUUGGCAGCCACACAACUGCCAACAUGGCAUCCUAACCAAGCCCCAACUCCAGCAGUGCCUGCGAGGAAGGAAGAUUCUUUUCAUUGGAGACUCAACCAACAGAGGGAUGAUGUACUAUCUGAUUGAAAGGCUGAAUGAAACACUUCAGGAGUGGCAGAAGGUGCAUGGCACUAAACUGUACCCCAAUGUCAAUGGUGGGAAGACACUGAUCAGUUACUCCUACUAUCCCCAGUUCUGGAUAAGCCCUUCACUGAGACCAACGUUUGAGAACGCACUUGAACAUCUCUUGCAAAGAUCACAUCCACUAGAGAAUACUAGUCAGACUGUAUUGGUUGUUGGUGGUGUUCAGUGGCUUAAUUCCAAUCACCUGCAAAUCAUUCACAAGGUUUUAAAGAGGGAAAAUUUGCUCAAUAUCCUAGUGAUCAUCAAAACUUUGGGGAUUGGAUUUCAUCUGCCUGUGGAUGGAGUGCAUUUCUUAACACAGAGUGAAGUACAAAACUUAUGGAAAGAAAAUCUGAGUGUUCUGGAUGCUGCCAAAGCAUACGGCUAUGAAGCAGUGGACACGUUCACUAUCACAAUGGGACGAGGCAAGGAAUUUCUACAGGGCAACUGUGGGUGUCAUUUCCAUGAGGUAGUGAACUCAAAGUUAUCCAAAGAGCGCCACUUUAUUAAGAUGAAAAGACCAAAGAAUGAUACCGUGGAAAAAUACUUCAGCAAUCAAAGCAAACUACGACGACAAAAUUCUGUCUCAAAUCUUCAAUCGCCAUAUCAUGUCAGAGGUCCAAUAAAUCAGAUUUUUUCUGAAAUCCUGCUCAGCAGGAUGUGUGCAAGUCAAGGGUCUGUGCAGACUCCCUGAAAGAGACCUGAAUUCAUAGUCAGAGACAAGCUAUUUGCCUGGACAGUGGUCUGGGAGCCAAAUGUGCCUCACAUGUACUUUGGAAUGAUUGUACACUCACCACUGUGAACAUGCACACUAAAGCUUGCAAAAGAGUAAUGACAUUUUUUUCAUAGCUUUACACAGUCAAGAUGUGAAUUUGAGCAUCAAUUUGUUUCAGACUGAAAGGCAGAGCUAUAAGAUUACUUGAAAUAUGAUCACAGACUAGGACCACGGUGGGCCAGGUGAUGUAUUGUGAUAAUAAACAAAAGUAUAGAAAUUUGAACUACAUAGGAGAAAGGGUAAUGCUGUUUAUCUGUAAUCUUCUCAUAGGAAUGUUAAUAUUUAGAAGGCAGAGAAGCAAUUACAUUCCACUUGUAAGGAGGGAUUAUGCUUAUGUUCUUUACCAGGAGAAAGUGUGGUAUUUAUGGUGGUUUGGGCAUUGUGGAUCUAAUGCCUAUGAAAUUUCUUCUUAUACUUUUAAAGUUUUAUAACAGAAGGAAAAUAUCAGAAAUGAUGCUCUUUAUGGGAAUUCAAAAAGAUUCUCUGAGAGAUAAUAAGUGAAGCUAUACUGAACUCCGGAUUCUGUGAUUUUUCAUAAGCAUUCCCUUCUGUCCUGUCUGUGAGCUUAGAUGGGGGAACCGCAGUCUAAAUUAAUGAAAUACAGAAUUUCAGAGUGAGGAACAAAAUGAAGUUCCCCACUUAUCACUUUAUUAUGUUUGUUCAUGCUAUUACUUAAGGAAGCUUUCACUUGCCAGUAUAGAUCUCUGUGAUUUAAGAUGACAAUUUCAUUUCAUGCAAAUACUUUGCAAAGUCUUUCAGGUUCUCAAAUGUAUAAGCAUAAAGCGUUUUCUAUGUAUCCACAAAUAGUGCUAUGUUACUAGUAUCUGUAUUUUUAUUUCCUAGAACAAAUGUAUCCAAUCCAACUUUAGAGUAGGCAUGAAGUAUCUUUUAUGGAAAUUGUGGCAUAUGCAUAAAACAUACCUAAUUCUAGUACUGAAAAUUUUCUCUUCUAUACUUUUGGGUUCAAAAUGGUAAAUGUCUUUAUUAUACAAAUACUUUGUUGUGAGACAGUAUUUCACUGUCAUUGUGGCUUUUAAAGGAUAAUUUGGGGGACAGGGUUAAUUCUACCUGUGGCUGAAAGCACUAAAUGUACAAAUACCUCAAAUU